UUCACUCUCCACCAUCUGAGCUUUCUCAUCUGAUCAUCAAACAACAAUGCCUAUCAAGCUAACAAAAGCUCAGAAGAAAACCAAUUACGACCAGAGACUGUGUCGUCUCCUAGAUGACUACUCCCAGAUACUGAUCGUGGCCGCCGAUAAUGUGGGUUCCAAACAACUCCAGAAUAUAAGGAAGGGUUUGCGUGGCGACUCCAUUAUCCUGAUGGGUAAGAACACCAUGAUGAAGCGCUCCAUUAGACUCCAUGCUGAGAAUACUGGCAAUGAUGCCUUCAACAAUCUCGUUCCCUUGCUUGUUGGUAAUGUAGGAUUGAUCUUUACCAGGGGUGAUUUGAAGGAAGUUAGAGAAGAGAUUGGCAAGUACAAGGUGGGAGCUCCAGCACGAGUUGGCAUCGUUGCGCCAAUUGAUGUUGUCGUCCCACCUGGGAACACUGGACUGGAUCCCUCCCAGACAUCCUUCUUUCAGGUGCUGAAUAUCCCAACCAAGAUUAACAAAGGUACUGUGGAAAUCAUUACUCCUGUGGAACUCAUUAAAAAGGGUGAAAAGGUGGGCUCAUCUGAGUCUGCCCUUCUCUCAAAGCUUGGAGUCCGACCAUUCUCAUACGGUCUUAUUGUCGUCUCUGUUUAUGACAAUGGAUCGGUUUUCAGCCCUGAGGUGCUUGAUCUCACAGAGGAUGAUCUUGUGGCUAAGUUUGCUAAUGGAGUGACCAUGAUCGCCUCCCUAUCUCUGUCCAUUUCAUUCCCAACCCUUGCAGCUGCACCCCACAUGUUCGUGAAUGCAUACAAGAAUGUCCUUUCUUUUGCUUUAGCAUCAGAAUACUCUUUCCCACAGGCAGAGGAAGUGAAGGAGUUCUUGAAGGAUCCAAACAAGUUUGCUGCUGCUGCUGCAGCUCCAGUUGCGGCUGUUGAUUCUGGUGGUGCUGCUCCAGCUGCUGCAUCCAAGGUGGAAGAGAAAGAAGAAUCCGCUGAAGACUCGGAUGAGGAUCUCGUCGCUGGGUUGUUUGACUAAAUCCUUUUGCUGGUACCAAUUAGGCAGUCUAUAUGCUCUUUAUCUGUGAGAUGGUAUCGUUAUUGUUCUAUUGUGAAUCGGAUGCUUUUGGUUGAACUCUGUAUGCUAAAGUUCCUUGAUUCAUAAUCCAAUGCAGUUUUGGUUAAAAAAAUAAUUGCAGC